AUGCCAUGUUCGCUCAGGAGGCUCUUCGCAACAAUUUUGGUGCACUGUGAGCCAGGCGACAUGCGUGGUUUAUGGGAUAGGCACUUCGAGCCUAUGUCUGAUGACUAUCGGCGCUCACACACGUGCCCGAUUGAGGUGGAACAGAUGGUGUUGCUUGACAUUAGGGGUAUGUUGCAGUCCAUGGGCAAAGACAUAGCUGAUUUCGCUCUUCCAUGCAUUGACGAUGCGUUCGACCCAACCGAGGGAGAGGCCAGAGAAGUGAUCGAGGAAUCCAACGUCGAUUUUGACAUCAACGACACUAAAUUGGCUUCGUCGCUAAACUUGGAGCAGAGGGCUGCAUACGACGAGAUACUAGCUUCUGUUGAACGGAAGACCUUCCUGUACAGGGCGCUGCUCGCCAAGGUUCGAAGCGAGGGAAACAUCGCUAUCGCUACCGCGACGUCAGGCGUCACCGCUUCUAUCAUGCCUGGAGGCAGGACUGCCCACUCGAGGUUCAAGAUCCCAUUGAGCUACGACGAUGGCGCCUCAUGCACCUUCACGAAACAGAGUGGUACCGCCAAGCUACUGAGGAUGGCCUCAUUGAUACUAUGGGACGAGGCCACCAUGACUAAGCGACAGGCGGUCGAGGCACUGGACAACAGCAUGCGCGACAUUAUGGGAAGACGGGAUCGACCCUUUGAAGGAAAAACUGUUGUGUUUGGUGGGGACUUCAGGCAGGUGCUUCCGGUCGUCAGGAGGGGGUCCCGGGGUCAGAUAAUCGAUGCAACCCUUCGAAGUUCACACCUCUGGAAGGGUAUGCGCCAGCUAAGGCUCGUCACCAACAUGAGGGCUCAUAAUGACACCUGGUUUGCGGAUUACUUGCUAAGGGUAGGCAAUGGCACCGAGGAAGUUGACGAUCAAGGAAACAUACGACUCCCUGAAGAUAUUUGUGUGUCGUCUACAGGCGAGGGUGACGACCUGGAGAAGCUGAUUGACCAUGUGUUUCCGAGACUAGAUGACAACAUGUCCGAUCCGAAUUACAUGACUUCACGUGCAAUCCUCUCCACCACGAACGACAACGUCGACAAGAUAAACAUACGCAUGGUAGAGCGUUUUCGGGGAGAAGAAGUAAUCUACCAUAGCUUUGACAGUGCAGAAGACGACCCGUAUGACUACUACGCUCCCGAGUUCCUAAAUGGAUUGACUCCCAACGGUCUGCCUCCGCAUGCACUCAAACUGAAGCUCAACUGCCCCGUCAUACUUCUGAGGAACAUUGAUCCGGCUAAUGGUCUGUGUAACGGGACGAGGCUUGUGGUGCGAGGUUUCGAGAGGAACGCCAUCGACGCAGAAAUCGUGAUCGGACAACACAAAGGUAGGAGGGUAUUCCUUCCUCGAAUACCCCUAUGCCCGUCUGACAACGACAUGUUUCCAUUCAAGUUCAAGAGGAAGCAAUUUCCUGUAAGGCUUAGCUUUGCUAUGACAAUUAACAAGGCUCAAGGCCAGAUGAUUCCGAUUGUUGGCGUGUACCUACCUAAUCAUGUGUUCUCUCAUGGUCAACUCUAUGUCGCACUGUCUCGAGCCACCGCAAAGAGAAACAUAAAGAUCCUCAUUGAGAAGGAGAAGGAGAAGGAGAAUGCCAAGAAGCAAAGAAGCAAAGCAAUAAAUAAGAGUUUUAAUGAAUUGUUGGAACCUGGACAGUACCACAAUUUAUAA